UGCCAGUGAUUUUGUAAAUAAAUCACCAAACCGGCUUGUGUGUUGAUACACGGAGGAGGCGGACAUGUUUGGUAGUAACAUCCACUUUUACAGAAUAUCCCUGUGCGAGUUUGAAGCGACCGCUAGCGAGACAGCUGACAUCUGAUGUGUGCAGGGAGAUGGCGCUGCGUGCUUGUGGCUUCAUAAUUUUCCGUCGCCUAGCCAAUCCCGCCCCGCCCCCAGACAACAUCGAGUACCUCCUGUUGCAGACGUCGUACGGGGAGCACCACUGGACCCCACCCAAAGGUCAUGUGGACCCGGGGGAGGACGACCUCACCACGGCCCUCAGAGAGACCAAGGAGGAGGCCGGGCUGGGUGCCGAGGACCUGCGGGUGAUCGACGGCUUCCUGCAGGAGCUGCACUACGAGGUCCGGGGGAGACCCAAGGAGGUGCUGUACUGGCUGGCCGAGCUGAGAGACCCAGGGACCGCCGUGACCUUGUCUGACGAGCACCAGGACUACCGCUGGGCCCGGCUGGAGGAGGCCUGCUCUCUGGCCCAGCACAGAGACAUGCAGGACACACUGAGGGCAGCACACAGACACCUAGAGACAUGGCAGGACAAACAGUGAUGUGGUGGGACCUAGACCCUUCGCAAGGAAUGAUUAAAAGAAAGGGUUGAGUCUGAAUGUUAUACCGUCAAACAUGAAAGCUGAUUUUGGAUGAGCGUCUAGUGUGACAGUGCUUCCACCGUGCAUAUAAUUGAUUGAUGCAUCUGAUCUGACCCUUUCUACUUUGAAUUCACCUUGAAUCUACUGUGCAGCGCCACUGGGAGGAGGAGCAAGUUGCCGGCUCACUGCUCAGUACAAUUCGCCCUGUCAAAACAAAGACGAGCGGGGAGAAAAUGAAUUGGAGAUUGAAAAACAGAAAAUUGAUUCAGUGUGAGUCACUGCUGGAAAGCUGAAUUGUCUGGGUCUUUGAGUCUGCAAAGUCAUUUGUAAAGCUUUCACCACAGAGAAGUUAUGGCUGAUUUGAUUGUAAAUAACCUAAAAGGCCAGGCGAGAGCAGAAAAUUUAAUUACAAGGGGGGAGAAAAUCGAGAAAGCCCAUGUCCCACAAGGCAGUGCUUCAAUCAAAAGGAAACACAUUUUUAAUUUUGAGUCACAUAGUUAUCACUGGUGCGCGAGUCUGUAAAAUAAUGGAAACCAGGUGUCUAUGUUCUCAUGUGGUAAUACUGUUUUAUCUAUGGAAGUUGAAAUCACUUUGGUCAAAAUAAAUACAACUAAGAACAA